AGAGCUGGAUGGUGGUGGCGGCAGUGUGGUGGUUCAGACUGUUUCUGUUUCUCGUCUCCUCAUCAUCUGACAGGCUUUUAUUAUUUUACUGGAAGAGAAGUUUUAUCAUCGAUGCUCUUUGGUGUUUCUGCUCCAGGAUGAAAACUUUGCUCGUGUCUUUGUGGAGAUUCUGAUUUUUAAAAAUAAUCUUUGGAUGAUUUGAUUUUUUUCUAUCAGACACUGAAACUGUUUGAGUGACGGUUUAACGGAGCUCAGCCAUCAUCAUGCACCAAGGCAGGACCUCAUCCCUGUUCUCCACCUAUCAGCUGCUUUUCUUGUUGACUAUCGUCUCACCUGAACUUCUGAAUCCAGCAGCAGGAGGUUCUGCUGUGACACUCAAGUCCAACAGGACAGACAGCAACCACACCAAAUGUGGCGGUAGUACCGAAUGCAUAGAGGGCGUUAUCCUGCCAGUAUGGAAGCCCGACAACCCGGCCUUCACCGACCGCCUCGCCAGAGCCACCAUUUACUUUGUGGGGUUGGCGUACAUGUUCCUGGGUGUCUCCAUCAUUGCUGACCGCUUCAUGGCAUCCAUUGAGGUCAUCACCUCCCAAGAGAGACAGAUUACCAUCAAGAAACCAAACGGGGAGAAGAUCACCACAACGGUUCGAAUCUGGAACGAGACAGUGUCCAACCUGACCCUGAUGGCCCUCGGUUCCUCCGCCCCAGAAAUCCUCCUGUCAGUCGUGGAGGUUUGUGGUCACAACUUUAAUGCCGGCGAGCUGGGCCCCAACACCAUCGUAGGAAGUGCUGCCUUCAACAUGUUUGUCAUCAUCGGCCUUUGUGUGUCCGUCAUUCCUGAAGGAGAGACUAGAAAAGUGAAGCACCUCCGGGUGUUCUUUGUCACCGCCACCUGGAGCGUCUUUGCAUACACCUGGCUUUACCUGAUCCUGGCCGUCUUCUCUCCAGGUGUUGUCGAGAUAUGGGAGGGGCUUCUCACACUCUUCUUCUUCCCCAUUUGUGUUGGGUUCGCCUAUGUGGCCGACCGCAGACUUCUUUUCUACAAAUACAUGUACAAACGAUACAGAGCAGGGAAGCAGAAGGGAAUGAUCAUCGAAACCGAGGGAGAACCAGAGCUGCCCUCAAAGGUCGACAUCGAAAUGGACGGCAAAAUGCUCAACUCCCACAGGGAGGAGUUCAUGGAUGGAGAGAUGGGUUCUGAUGUGAGGGAGCUGGAUGAGGAGGAGGCCCGCAGAGAGGUGGCCAGGAUCCUGAAGGAGCUGAAACAGAAACAUCCAGACAAGGAGAUGGAGCAGUUGAUGGAACUUGCUAAUUAUCAGGUUUUAUCCCAACAACAGAAGAGCCGUGCUUUCUACCGCUGUCAGGCGACCAGGAUCAUGACGGGAGCAGGCAACAUCCUGAAGAAGCAUGCGGCUGACCAAGCCAAAAGAGCUACCCAGCACGACAUCUGCUCCGAGGUUUCAGUGAACAAUUUUUCCUCCAAGGUUUUCUUUGACCCUGGUACCUACCAGUGUCUGGAGAACUGUGGCAGCGUAGCUCUGAAUGUGGUGCGUCAUGGUGGAGACCUAACAAGCACAGUCUCUGUGGAUUACCGGACUGAAGAUGGCACCGCAAACGCCGGCUCAGACUACCAGUUCACCGAAGGAACUAUUGUGUUCAAACCAGGCGAGACCGAAAAGGAAAUCCGCAUUGACAUUAUUGAUGAUGAUAUUUUUGAGGAGGACGAACAUUUCCUGGUUCACCUCAGCAAUGUGAAGGUCAUAUCAGAGGGUGCUGACUCAGAAACACACAAGGCAAACCAUGUGGACGUCCUCGCAGGUUUAGGUCUGCCAUGCACAGCCACUGUCACCAUCUUCGAUGACGACCAUGCAGGGAUCUUUACGUUUGAGGAACCGGUGGUGACCGUGAGUGAGAGCGUUGGGGUGAUGGAGGUGAAGGUGGUCCGGACCUCAGGAGCUCGUGGUGUUGUGGUGGUGCCAUACAAAACCAUUGAGGGGACAGCUAAAGGAGGCGGCGAGGACUUUGAGGACACUCAUGGAGUCCUGGAGUUCGAGAACGAUGAGAUCCUUAAAACUAUUCAGAUCAAUAUAGUCGAUGAUGAAGAAUAUGAGAAAAACAAGAACUUCUUCCUAGAGAUCGGAGAGCCACGGCUGCUGGAGAUGAGUGAGAGGAAAGCUGUGUUGCUGCAGGAAGUCGGUGGAUUCAUCAGAACAGGUAAAGACGUCUACAGGAAGGUCCAGGGACGGGAUCAUCCCACCCCCUCCUCCAUCAUCAACAUCGCAGAGGAGGGGGGUGAGGAGGUUUUGACCAAGAAGGAGGAGGAGGAGAGGCGGAUCGCAGAGAUGGGCAGACCGAUGCUAGGUGAACACGUCAAACUAGAGGUCAUCGUCGAGGAGUCGUAUGAGUUCAAGAGCACUGUGGAUAAACUCAUCAAGAAGACCAACCUGGCUCUGCUGAUCGGGACGAACAGCUGGAGGGAACAGUUUGUGGAGGCCAUCACAGUCAGCUCUGGUGACGAUGAUGAUGAUGACUGUGGUCAGGAGAAGCUGCCGUCCUGUUUUGACUACGUCAUGCACUUCCUCACUGUCUUCUGGAAGCUUCUGUUUGCCUUCGUUCCUCCCACCGACUACUGGAACGGCUGGGCCUGCUUUGUCGUCUCCAUCUCUGUCAUUGGUCUCCUGACGGCGGUAAUCGGUGACCUCGCGUCUCACUUUGGCUGCACCGUCGGCCUCAAAGACUCCGUCACUGCCGUGGUGUUUGUAGCUCUGGGCACCUCUGUACCAGAUACCUUUGCCAGUAAAGUAGCAGCCAUCCAGGACCAAUAUGCCGACGCAUCCAUUGGCAACGUGACUGGAAGCAACGCUGUCAAUGUCUUCCUGGGUAUCGGUGUGGCCUGGUCCAUCGCUGCUAUCUACCACUACUCCAAAGGCCAGGAGUUCAGGGUGGACCCGGGCACGCUGGCUUUCUCUGUCACACUCUUCACCAUCUUCGCCUUCAUCUGUAUCGCUGUCCUCAUCUACCGCCGGCGGCCCGAGAUUGGCGGGGAGCUCGGCGGACCCCGGAUCCCCAAGAUCCUCACCACCUGUUUGUUCUUCAGCCUGUGGUUGAUGUACAUCGUCUUCUCCUCACUGGAAGCCUACUGCCAUGUAAAGGGCUUCUAAACGUCCUGCGUCUGACGGAUUCCAAAAGGUUCUAAUGGAACUGAUGAACAGUUCUGAUGGAUUUCCAAAGGAUCCAAAAGGUUCCUGCAUAUUGUGACAGGUUCCUGUAAUUUCUAGAGGUUCAGUAGAUGUGUAAAGGUUGGUGGAUUCCUUGAGGUUCUAGAGGAACUCUACCUUCAUUACAGGUUUCUGAAAUUGUGAACUCUUCAAUAGUUCUACAAGGUUUUUUUUGCUGAUCUGACAUUUAUAAACACAGACUAAUGCAUAUUCUGAUGGACUCUGUAUGGUCUUUUAUGCUCUUUAAAGAAACAGGUUGAAAACAUCUUUGAUGGGUUGGUAAAGGUUUUUGAAGGAUUCUACAGGUUCUUGGAGAAUCUCUAAAGGUUCUGAUAGGUCCAUUUCAUUUCUGUCAGGUUCCUAUAAUUUCUUUUAUUUGUCUGAAAGAUUGGAUGGAUGUCCAAUAGUUAAAACAGCUUCCUGACUGUUGAUGGAUUUCUAAAGCUUCCAGCAGGUUCCUGUCUCUUAUUAAUUCCUGAUGGACAUAGAACAGUUCUAACAGUUAUCUGAAUAUUUUGGCUAAAUGUUUUAAUUAAUAUCUAUUGUACUGUGUAGUUCUCUUAGGUUCUUUAAAAGGUUCAGAACAUCUUUGAUGGGUCUCUAAAGGUCCCAAAGGUCCCUGAAGGAUUCUACAGACUUUUAAGAGUCUGGGUGGAUCUCUAAAGAUUCUUGGGGAAACCUUGAAACUCCCGAACCUUCUUUUUGACUCUGUUAAGUAACAUAUUGGACUUUUCUCUGGCUGCUGACAGCUGGUGAACUCACAUACCUCCUGGACAUUUAAAGACAUUUACCUGCAUCAUAACUCCCUCACCUGUACCUUUAAGCUGUGUAUAACAUAAACCUUUUUAAUUUUGAAGUGCAUGGACUUUGAAACCACAACCACAGUAAUGACCACCAACAGCCAUGGUGAUGAAGGAGGCAGCUGAAGCUGUAGACUUCUGAAACCUGCAGGUCAAAGGCAACUGUGUUGCACCUACAUGAAUAUCUGCACUGAGUUUGAAAUAUAGUUAAUUUUAAAAAGUAAAUGAAGUGAAGCAGCGUAGGAGGUUUAAAGGUUUUUGCUGUACAGACACAUGAACUCUUUAAAACAGAGACCUGAGCUGCUGCAGCAGUGAAUUUCAAUGUUUGAGAAAAUAUAUUUAUGUGUAUGUUUGUGUGUGAGUGUGUGAGCGCAUAUAUAACCUCGAAGAACACUGAGAAGCAGAGACGAUUCACUAUACUGUGAUGUGAUUGGUUAUUCGGAAACAGCAGCUGUCGGCCCAUUGGCCGAUGUAAACACAGGAGCUGCUGCUUAUUAUCUGACUACAGAAUGCAGUGUCUUUCCUUCAAAUAUUAAAGUUCAGUGA